CGUGUUUUCCCGCCCUUGGACGGAGCGAAGAAGUGAAAAUUUUGAACCCAAGGCUAAUAUGUCAGAACAGAGCAAUAUCGAUGCUUCUAAUGGCGCUGGGGCCAAUGAAGUCCCAUCAACAUCCGCGGCCUCGAUACAGAACCGAAGUGUGACCCCCUCCGUCAGACCAGCUGUUCGUCCCUUGGGUUCCUUUCGCUCCACCUCCACUGAUGCUUUGGCAUCAAGAGCGAUCGGCAACCAAGGGAAGAAGCCUGAUGUUAAUGCGUCAGGGAUGAAUAUCACUCGCUCGGGCGCCCCGAAAAUGAGUUUUACCGCUAAAGUCGUCGGAAAACGGCAAAUGGAAUCUCCUGCACUAAAUGCUACACAGACUGAAAUGAAGCCUGCUGCAUCAAGCCCCCAGGAUGGGGGGCGAGGCAGAGGUUCAGACCGCGGACGGGGUCGUGGUGCAGUACCUCAGCAAACGGUCAGAGGCGUGUUUUCGCAAGGUCCUAGUUAUGGUACACCGUUGCGUCAUAAUGCCAACACUACCCGCCAACGGGGGAAAGGUAUCGACGCUGCAAAUGCAUCCGCUCAUUAUCUCAAGUCGCGGAUGGGCACUUUUGGGCGAACAAAAGAUGAAGCAGAUGUGGACCAGUACUCUGACGAUGAUAAUGCGGGUAAAGUCGUGGACAUAAACGCUAUGAAUGACGACCAGGACUGGGGCAUGCCCGUUGCACUCAAACGCAUGAAAGAGGAAAAGGAAGGAGACAAGCUGGCAAAGAAGGUCAAGGUCGAAAUGGAAGAGGCAUCUAUCUCUGAUCUAACAAAGGCCCCUUCGUCAACAAAGAAUGAGCUUGAAGUAGACUUCGCGAAUGCACUGGAUCUCAGCGAGAGUGAGGAGGAAGAGAGAUUAGAGGAUUUUAUAGAAGAUUUUGUCCUCCACCCUGACCCACAGAAUCCUUCCGUUGAUACUCCAGAGGACACGCCAUUAUACUUUUUCCAAUUCCCGUCGCCUUUCCCCGCCUUCAUUCCACCGCCUGUACCGAAAUCUCCUAAAGAUGCAGAUGUCAAGGAAUUUGAAAGUAUGGAUGUCGAUGCACCUGUGGAUGGGUCGAGUGCUCCACAAAAUGGGGAGGAAAUGAAAAGUGCCAUUGAUCAAGUUCCCCCAAGGAAAAAGUCUGUUUCAUUCGCACCAGAGACCAAACCACCAGCACCCUCACCUGCAGCAUCCACCACUGAAGAAAGCCCGCUGGAUGGUGUCAUUGGGGAACUGUUAAUAUACCGUAGUGGCAUCGUCAAGAUGAAGCUGGGAAAUGGGAUGGUGAUGGAUGUUACUGCUGCAACUCAGCCUUCCUUCCUUCAACACGCGGUUUAUCUUGACCCUUCAGAAAAAGGCGGAAAGGAGGUAGAUAAGCAAAACACAAGCACGGAGUUCACCAGAAUGACAGUGAUUGGCGAAGUUGCUCGGCGGUUCAUUGUUUCUCCGGACGUUGAUGCUAUGCUCGAUGAGCUUGAACUGGAGAGCAAUAAAAAAGGGGCGAACGUGUUAACGGAGCAGAAAUAGGGUGACAUUUUUCUAUUGGGACGUUUCGCCUUGGCCUGCUCCGUUGACAGCUGAAUAGGCCUGCGUGUAAUUCGUCUUUGGUUGCACACCAGGUCUAUUGCCCACCACUGCCCAAGGUCAGUUGGACAUAUCCUAAUGUCUUGUGCCGUCACAGAUAAAUGGUAUUGGUAUUGGUUAAGGGGGUAGCAGCCAAACUGACUAAUGGCGUGUUUCCUCCAGAGCCCUUGGUUUUGGCAGCUCGGGGUCGGUUAUGAACUUAAGCUAUGUAGGAUAGCAAUAAUCAGCUACACAUGAAUAAGUUUUUGAG